ACAUCCGGCUAAUAGUGACCGCUGGCUGCUGCUCAUUCACACACACAUGGAGGGACUACCGUCUUGUUUUGGGAAGCUAAACAUGGUAUAAACUAUAGAGACCCAGCAACAAUUUUCCCGGGAAGACACCAUGGUAAAUAUUGGACAUUUGUAAAACAGCUAAAUCUCCAACAACCUCAAACGUAACACUUUUACGACUGCUAAAAAAGGAUGCUAAUGCUAACUCUGCACAUAGUGUCAGUUGAGUUGUAGUCAGGUAAGAGGCUUUUUGUCUUUAUACCUGGAGGAUAGAGGCUGUUAAAACCGGCCUGGUAAAGUGGAGUACAUCGUUAUUUUUACCAGCACUAAUAGUCUAUUUUUAAUUUUCGUUCUUCUGUUUGAUAGACUGAUCAUUCUAUAUUGAUGUUUCAUAAAUUACAGUUUGAACAAGGCCCAUAAUAAAUAGUAAUAGAUAGAUAAAUAGAUAGAUAGAUAGAUACUUUAUUAAUCCCAGAUAGCAAACCGUUUGAUAAUCUAUAAGGUGAAUUAAAGUUAUGAUCAAAGUAAGAAUACUUGUCACUGAUUAAUAUUCAUUUGGUCCUCUCAAUACAUGAACUGUCUCUUAUGUGAUUCCUUCCUUCCCUGCAGGUCCCUGCAGACUUUAAAGCUCUGAUCCAGAGGUUUUAUCACCUUCAGUCUGAGCGUGUUGAGACAUACCGACUCUUUGAAGAGUAAGUUUGACUCUUGUUGACACCUCAGUGCUGAGAAAUCAGUAUUAUAUGUGUAAUAAAUCAAACAUCAGUUCAUAUUGCAUUUCCAGCUAACAUUGAAUCUGAAUCAUACAGCGUAUUCACUGCUGCUUGUGUUGUUGUUUUUGUCGCUGCUUGUCUGCCAGGGGACACGAGGCCUACUUGAGAACGGGGCCCCACUAUGACUUUGACCACUACAGGCAGCUGGUCCAUGAGAUAACACAAGCCUUCUGUGGCAUCUCCACAGAGGUGCUUGAGAUCAAGGGGAGGCUGCAUCAUGAGUUUGACCGGCCAGACCUCUCAGAGCAUAUUGAAAAGCUUCAGAGCAAAGAGAAGCAGAAACUGGAACUGGUAAGUGAUAUUAGUUUAGUAUCAAUCAGUCAAGCUUUAUUUAUUUGUUACCAAUUUACACUAAAUGUUUUCUCAAGAUGCUUAACAAAAAAACUUUUCAAGACCAUACUCUUCAAGAUAUUUACAAAGACCCAACGUAAAGAUGUUUCUGAGAUUGAGUCCCAUCUUGCGAGAUCAGGCCCACUCUGAGUCCAUCUUCAUCCUCAUCAGUGUAGCAUUUAGCAAAUUACAGUGGCAAGGGAAAACAUCCUUUUCACAAGCAGAAACCUUGAGCAGAACUCAACUUAUGUGAGACAGCCAUCUGCAGCUACUACAUUGGGUUUAAAGAGGAGAUAGAGAGAGAUACAGAAAGAGAGAGAAGGACAAACAUUAACAAUAGUUUACAGACGCUGUAGUAGAAUCUUUUCAUACAUUUAGGUUAAGAAAUAUAGAGUGAUUAUCUUUCAUUAAGGGGUUACAAAUAAUCUGGGUUGGCUUACUUGUGCAGCCUCAGAGAGGUUAUAAGCAAGGCUGCUUUGCAGGGACCAAAACUAUCUGUCUUCAAGAACAUUUAGAGCUAAUCUCUGGGAGAGUGAAGACUAAUCCAAGUGUUGAGUUUUAGAGCAGUACAACACGUCAUCAUGGGUAGCCUCCUGGAGGACAGAUAUGUACCCAUGAUGACGGAAGAGAGACACACACACACGCACGCACGCACAUACCAGAGGUACAAGCAGUGCACAAUGACUGUAUUCAGAUACACAAUAGACACUAUAACAGGGAGAAGAAGAAAAGCUUAGAAAGGCUUUCCUUGGGUUUGGUCAAGACUCUGUUCAUCAUCUGUACUGAUUUCUACAUCUGUACACUGAGAGACGCCCAGGCUGUUCUUCAGAUCUCAUCCUGUCUCCUGCACAUUGUUUUACUGAGUUUAUGCUGGAUUUUCCACAACAAUGCAUGGUUACAAUGCAAGAGAUAAUGGAACAAUUAUGUGUACUAUUUACAGGGACAGCAAAAUGAUGAUAAUAAACUGAUCUUACUUUGAUUUAUAGACGAUUAAAGUAAACAGAUCUGUAGUAAUAUAUAUUAGAAUAAUGAAAAAGAGAAAAUAAAAAUUUCACGGUUAAUAUUAGCUUUGUAACAGUGAUUAUAAUGGAGAAACUAUGAACAUAGCUAGACCGUUCUCCACUGUUGUCACCAGCUACAGUUGGCUUACGCUGGCCUGCUCUACUUCUGGGAUUUUUGUGCCCAACUCCUUGUAAGCGACCCCGCACUUGGUACUAAGGUCAUUAUUGUGGUGAAAACAAUUUAAAAAUUUGGUCAUGAUGGUCUUACAUUGAUAAUUGGUUGCUUCAUUGUUGGUGGCAGUACCUGCAUCCAAAUGGACUUCAAGUACUUUUGUGGCUUUUACUGAUCUCAUCUCUACUUUUCUAGAUCUUUGCUUGUGUUGUUGUUCUUGUUCUCAAAUGUACGUCGCUACGGAUAAAGGCGUCUGCUAAAUGACAUUGUCACAUUGUAAAUGAACAUUAUCUUUGUUGUAGUGAUAACAAUGGACAAACUGACACUGAUAAAGUAACACUAGUUUUGUUAUUAAGCAUAAGUAAUUUUUGAUAACCUUUUACAAGAAUCUUAAUUCUCAUUUCUUCCAAAUGAAUGUCAUGUCAGCCAUCAAUUCAAGCCCUUAACAUUUUAGCCAAUCCCACAGUUUAACCACAAGGGGGCAGACUUUUGAUGCAAAACGUGCUGCAUAACUGGCUAUCACUGGCAAAGAUUCAGCCAUUCUUUUUUAUAGAUGAGGUCAUAAAUGUUUUAAGUAAAAACUUGUUAAAACAAAGUACACAUGAUGCAUCUAGAGGGAAAACUUUUGUGCGAAACACCCAUUUAGUUCCAUUUGAAUCAUUCAGUGUUGCUGUAAGGAGGUUAGCUGCUGUGUCACAGUUCACUGACUGAAGAGCCACAGUUUGUCUGUGAUUUGUAUCAUGGUCCAGACAAUUUGAGCAUGCUUGGUGUUGAAAUUUUAGGGCUUACUAUAUUCAAUUACACUCGGCUCACACAUCUGGCAUUUAUUAGUAACACACAACCCUGCUUCAUAAAGUUUUAUGCUCCUUUAAAAAAGAACCUCUUCUUUCCUCUGCCAGUAGUCAUAAAGUCCCUUCCCCUGUCUCCCCUCUGUCCUCUGCUGAUCAAUGAUUUGCAUACAUUUUAUCUGAUGUGCUUCUCCACAGACAGCCAAGCUGCAGCUGGCCAGGCAGCGGGCCCAGGAUCACCCUGAGGAAGAGGACUGUCAGGAAAAGAUUCACGAGAUCAAGCAAGAGUAAGAGCAGCUUUUACCACCUCUCCCUUUGCUGCGAUUUCUCACUCCCUGCUGACCCGUCCGCUCACUCAGAAUCAACCUGCUGUCUGCUGCUAGACUUCCUGUUUCCUCCCAGUGUGACAGACUUUUCUUUGUGACCACUCUAAUAUCAUAAAACUGUCUGAGAAAAUCUGUGUUUUUUUCUGGCUCUUUGUUUCCAGGAUCAUAAAAAACAAAGAGGCUCUGAGUGAAAUCAUGCAGGACUUUAAGUAUGACUCUGAGGAGUGUGAUUGACAGGCGGCUCCCGGGAGGUUUGCACCCGCGCCUUGUCAGUGGCAUGGUGAUGGAUCGACUCGGCUCUGCUGCAACUUCCAUCUUGGACUUCUCAGCUGCACUUAUCGAUCCCCCUACGGCUCCACCCUGCUUGCUGCUGCAGUCUUAUUCCACCCAGGGGACUUUUCACAUUCAGGCUCUGUGUUUUUAUCUGUAGUCAUGCCUUCAUGUUAAUGCAUGCCUCAGCAUAAAAAGGGGAGCGUUACUUACAUGCAGAUGAUGAAAUAGUAAAAUAUGUAAAUAGUCAAAAGGUGAAAUAAUUCUUGAAGGUCUGCUGGAGCAUCUUUGUUUACUUCAUACAUUGUAUUUUUAAAUAAAAAAGGCACUUGUCACGGCAUGUUUAUUUGUUUUAGACAUACUUUUUAUAGGCAUUAUCAGUCCACUUAAAGAUGAUAUCUAAAAAAA